AACCCAGAUAAAAUAACACAGUUUGUCACCUCAAAUGUAAGAAUCCACUCACAUCUUGUGUGAAACUAACACUGUUAUGUGGCAUGUAACUGAGUUUUCGUUAAGGAUAGAGAGAUUUCACAGCUGACUGUGAUUAAUUAUAAAUCACAUUAUGUGGAAUAAUUGAUAUUCAUACUUAGUAUUAUAUGGCAGUUGUACUACUUUGCUACAUGUAGUGUAUAAUACAGUAUAUAUAGUGGUCUGAAAACAUUGGUACAGUUUUUUUUUCUCCAAGUUUUCCCAAGAGUGGUUUGGAUUGAUUAUGACACUUACUCAUCAGGUAUGGACAAAAUUGAUGAUUAAUAUUUCCCAGUUACUAAUACCUAAAAAAAUUGCUUUCAGUUUGUCCGUUUUUAGUGAUUGAGAAUGAUAAUUCAUCAAAAAGUGCUUGAGAUUUAUGAGGAAAUCCUGUAAGCUCUUUUGAAGAUACAUUGUUUAAAACAAUCUGCUUGUCAGAUAUGCUUUUACCCCACAUUGCCUGUAUCUGGCAUGUAAUUAUCAUCAGUUGGUUGAAUUUCAUGUCCUAGCACCAGGACUUACUUCAUGCUAGCAGUUAUAAUAUAUUCCAGCUACUACCCUUAAAGCACACAUUACAGACUAGGAUACUUCAUUCUUUUUUCCAUUAAAAUUCAUUAAUAUUAAGUAAUAUUCUAUUAACCUCGAACUACAUGAAAAUUUUCAUUCAUUCUACCUCUUCUCGAUAGAAUAAAAAAUCAGAUGGCUCUAGUCUUUCAGUGAGCUAACUGCACAGAUUUUGACUGCACUGUCACGGGCCUAAACACAAAUUGUUUAAAUGUGGGAACAGGUAUAUUUGUUACAGUCUGCAGGAGGAAGUCAGAAGCCAUGUCGACAUCAGGUAUCAAACAGAUCGUGAUAAUGACCACUAAAACAAAUAUGGAAGCCAAAGGAUUUAACGUGUCAUCUGCUCACUGCUAGAAGUGAGACGGCUUCACUGGAUCCUCAGUUACCAGCCUGCUGUGAGAAAAUGAAAUCAGAGUUGGGACUAAAUUCUCAAACGGAAGAUCUACUUAAAAAUGGCCAGUAUUGGUCAUUGAUUGGGACUGGACAACAGCCUGACCAUAAGCACUCAUUGUGGAGAAUCCUGAAUUGAUGUAUAUAAGACUGUUGAAUAGUUGUCUCUUUGGAGUCUCGGGGGAACCCUGUCGUAAUUGUGAAGUAGAGACCCCUGUUGGACAUAUGUAAUGUCCAGUUACCUAUGUCCAGGUGAGAGAGACGUAGUAGAAAACCUGUCUAUAUGGUCACUUAUCUAUGUCCAGCUUCAGUCAGUGUAAAUAGUGUCACUGUCUGUGAUACCAUUUAAAAACUCUGUCAUCUUGAAAGCAGCAUAAAGGCAUUGGGAUCAAUAUCUAAAGAAAUAUGGACUCUAGUGACUUUCAGUAGCUAUUAUGGAGGAGCAGGAAAUAACAGAAGGAAAAGCCCUGCCAAGCCAUACAAACAGUGAUUUUGAUAAUACAUUGAAUAACACUGUACUGGACAGGGAAGAGGAGGACAAGACAGAUGCUGGUGGUGUCAAAGUGGACAACACAGUGGACAAUGAAGUGGUCAAGGAAGAAAAAGAAGAACAAGGAGAUGACCAUCCUGUUGAAAAGCACCCAGUAGACAGAGCAGUCGACCGUGCUGCCAAGUCAGAGGCUCUGGAGAAGGAGUACGUCCAUGAUGUGUAUGAGAAGAUUGCCCCGCACUUCAGUGAUGCUCGGUACAAGGCAUGGCCAAAAGUGAAGCAGUUUAUUGAGGACCUGGAGCCAGGAGCACUGGUGGCUGAUAUAGGUUGUGGUAAUGGCAAGUACCUAGGUAUUAACUCCAGUGUAUAUAAACUGGGCACUGAUAGAUGUGCUCGUCUGGUAGAGAUAGCAGCUGAACAUGGACAUCAGACCAUGGUUUCUGACAGCCUUCUCCUGCCCUACAGAGACAAUGUGUUUGAUGCUGUUAUUUCUAUUGCUGUGAUUCACCAUUUUUCUACUAUUGAGCGUCGUAUUCAGGCCAUACGCGAAUUGGCCCGGAUCUGCCAAAUUGGAGGAAAAGUUAUGAUCUAUGUGUGGGCUAUGGAGCAAACUAAGAGAAAGUUUGAGUCCCAGGAUGUCCUGGUUCCAUGGCACCUGCAUCCUAAAUAUAAACAUAAAAAAGAGAAAAAGAAGAAAAACUCCUCCAUAGAAAAUGAUCUCCCAAGCUCCAGCUCAAUCAGUGAAGAUGAGACUCAAGGUGACCCUGUUGCUAUGACAAUCACCUCGGAGUCUGACAUUGUUGACAACGAUAAUGAUACCAAUGGUAGCAGCAGUUCACAACAUGACAAUAUGCUCCGCAGUAGCUGUCGCCAGAUCCAGGAGUGGUGUAAGAAGAAGCGCGGGUCUCUGAGCGACAGCACGCCAGAGCAUGCAUCUAUGCAAGAUAAUGGCGAGGUCACCAGAAUUCAGGUGUUAAAAUACCAAGACAGCAGUAGUUUUGAAGGAGAAGAAGAGCCUAGUUUUAACUGUCUCAAGCAUGCAUGGAAAAAGGACAGAGUGCAUCCACGGAAACAGUUCCAGGCCAAAGCAUUCACUGCUGACCAGGAAGAUGAAACCAGCUUCACGAAUCCACUGGACAGCAUGCUGGAGAGUAUCAAACGCCAAAUCAACUAUGGCGCAAUAGCACCAGCAGAAACAAGCAAACAAUCAUCGAGGACCUCGUCACCUCAGAGAAAGAAGAAACGGCACCCCAAACUUGCUCAUACGCUGUUACUUAAAGACUAUGGGAGCACUGACAGUGAAACGGCCUCCUCUCCCGAGGACCAGCAGUGUAAGAUACGCUUCUCUGAUCUCAUAAAGACAAAACUGAAAAGCAUUCUCAAUUUUAGAUCUCAGUCCGUGGAUGAGGAGACACUGAUGGGGCACCGUAUGAAGCCGGCACCCACCUCCUCUUCUUGGUUCAGUUUCUGGUACCAACCUGAGAAUGUCAGCGAAGAGGAACUACAUGUUGUGCCACCUGUUGAUAAAGCUGAAAUAGAUGUGAUAAAUGCUGAUAACAAGGAGACAAUCAGUCUGCUCUCUCAGUCCGUUGACUCUGGUAUCCAGAGUUGCAUGAGUAAAGAUAUGACUACUGCUACUUUGCGCUCAAUAGAUUCAGGCAAUAGUUCUGGAAUACAAGGCAGUACACCGACAAUAUCUGGUAGCACUAGAGAUGUACUUGGGAGCACUACUAGUUUGCCUAUCGCUGCAGAGAAAAUAAGAGACGGUAAAGAACAUCACAGAGAUGCAAAAUACAGUGAAUUGCUGAGGAGAAUUAUGAAAGACUGGAACAGGCCUAUUUUAGAGCAUUCAGUGUCACUUCCUGAGGAAGACAUUCCAGCCUUCUGUGUUAGAGAGUUCCCUUUAAGUAGUACAAGACAAGCCCCUCAGAAGGCUUACUCACUGGACACUGGCUAUGAACAAAACAUGGCUAAAAACAGCAACAACUUGGGGCCUGGUGCAACAGGGAAACAUAUGACAAAGGAGGCUCGGAUGAUGGAAGAAGAAAACUCAGAAGCAAGUACGUCAUCCCAUGACUCAGCACUGUCCUUAGACCGUCCAUCAGUUGGAUCUCCCAACACUGAAGAUUCCACUAGCUCGUUGGAGAAAACGGGGCUGGAUCCCACAGCUCAGCAGCAGAAUGCUAGUCUUACGGUUACUACUCCUGAAAUUGCUCGCAAGGACAGCAGUGAAGAAGAGUCAGCUUUUAUGGAGACUUACAAGUAUUAUGCAGAAACACUGUGGAACAAACCUGGAGCUGGACGCAGCAGAGGCAACAGGAUAAACUCAGACUCUUCAGAUGAUUUUAGUGAGAAAGACGAUUUUGAAAUUGAGCUUAAUGUCAGUGGUUUUGUGGUGAGUUUACAAAAAGAUAUGGAUAGCUAUGAAAAGAUGCAGCAGUGGAAAGAUUUGCAGUGGCGUUUUACAGGUCAGCCUCCUCCAUCGUCAUCAACAAAGGAGGAAGAGAGUGCCAGUGCCCUUGACGAAGUGUUUUCAGAGUCCAGACUCUUUGAUGCAUCUCAAAAGAAAGGGGAGAAUUUAUUUUGGCAACUUCCACCAAAUUCAAGUGGCCUCCCUUUGCUAACACUGUCUAAACCCAGUGACGCAUCAGGGAGCAGUCCACUGUUCAUGGGUGUGUCACAGGAAAGCGAUGUCACAAUCACAGACUCGGUUUCAGAAAAAGAUCUCAGUGUUGACCCAACCAGGUCAGGGAAAGCCCCUAGUAUUACUCUCUCUGAUCGUAAUAAUAGCAGCAGCAAUGGCUCUAAUGGGUCUCACUCAUCAUAUUCUCAAGACUCGGACUUAGACUCUGAGCCUAGCUCAACUCAGACUGUUAUUUGCAAAUCUACAGUUGAUCGCCUGGAUUGCUUAUCGCGUAAUGGUGGAAGUGGGACAUCCCAGGAUUCAGAUGACUCUAAUGGCAGCUCAAGCAGGACUAUGACCCACACUUCGAGCACUGUGACACCAGACGAGGAUGGAUCACUCCCUCGAUCAAGGGCUCACAGUGCCGACUAUAAAGACAUGUUUAGUUCCUUCUUAGAGUUGCAGUCCAGCAUUACAGAGCUUGAAAGAGAGAAUGCUGAAGAGGAAGAAAAAUUAGAGGCAAGUGUACAGACUCAAGACACAGACACUGUGAAAGUCAUAGGUGAAGGUAUUCAAUACUCCUCUUCUGUUGAUACGAAGCCUGUUACAACACCAGACUUUCAGAGUGCUACUCAAGAGAGUGACUCAGUAUCCAGUUUGCCCAGAGCAUUCACUGUUGUUUUGGAGCCAGCUCAGCUUGGGGAGAGCACUACUGAGAAAACUUUGAAAAGCUCCCAUGAAAUAUGUGAUGAAACUUCUUCAAAUGUGCAAUAUGAUGAUGAUAAAACAAAUGAUCUCAAAGUGAAAGAUGGAGCAGUGCCUGAAGCUGAAUAUAGAGAAUGUGCAGUUGUUGCAGAAGAGCACGCAAAAGCAGUAAAAACUGGUGCAGGUGAGGACACCAGUACAACCAACCAACAUGAACAUUCAACUACAGAAUCUGUUGCAUCUAAUACAAGUUAUCAGAAAACAAGUACACCUUGUAUACAAAAAGGACAGUCAGAUGUACAGAAGGAAAGUAUGAAAAAGCAUGAAACGGUGCAGAGUGAUAAUACCAAGUCACAAGAGGUGCCAACUGUGUCAGUCGGGCUUGUGCAAUCAACAUCAGAAUCAAAACCUUCAUAUGAAUCUCAGAAUCUCCACCAGGAUACAAAAGUUGAUUCUCCAACACUCAAGAGCCCUCUAGUUCUGCAAUAUUCCACAAGUGAUGAUGUCUUUGAAGACCUGCCAACAGAUGAACCUACUCAAAGUCACAAUGUACAUAACCCAACAACUGAACUCCUCAAACGUGUUGUGUUUGAUAAACAACGAAAUCUUGCUGGGAGUAGCAGUGAUAGUAGUAGCAGUAGCAGUAACCGUAGCAGUGUCAGCAGCAGCAAUGGCAGCAUCACCAGCAGCAGUAACAGUAGCAGCAGUUCUGGAAGGACCUCGGCUUUAAAUAGAAUUGCAUUGCGCAGGCGUAGUUUUCAUCAGACACGCCAGCAAGCCGCAGGAUCGACAGAUUCCGUUGGGGCAAGCAGUAGCACUAACAGUAGUGUAGAGGGCGCCAAGGCUGAGCCUACGUACCAGAGGUAUUAUCAUGUAUUCAGAGAGAGGGAGCUCAUUGAACUGAUAGAAGAACAUGUAGAUAGUCUUCAUAUCAUAAGCUCCUAUUAUGACCAUGCAAACUGGUGUGUUAUUGCAGAGAAAGUACAGGUGUGGACUUUAUGAGAAAAUGAUGACGCCUGUAAUUAACACAGUGUAGAAGUAUUGUCACCUCAAAUAUGUGUCACACAACUUUGAACACAAUAAUUGAGCAAAUGUCACACAUACAGCAAAGAAACUACUACUGACAGUUAAUUUAAUUUUUAUUUGUUGAAACUUUUGAGAAUUAUUGUUUUUAAACUAAAGAGUAUACAUUAGCAUUAUAAACAUUAAGCCCAACACACUUGCUGUUUUCAGCAUGCUAAGUCACACAUUUUGACAUAUAAACCUCAAAGGCAUUUCAGUUUAAGUAAAGUUAGAACAGGACUGUAAAACUAUCCAGUGACUUUUUACUUGGAUAUUUUCUAGGUCAUAGUUCAGCACUGUGUUAUCAUACUGCACAGUGGGUGCAGUAUCAAACUUGUGAUUUGUAGCUAAGUGUGCUAUUGGAUUUGGCAAUUAUGAUAUUAAGCUUUGCUGUGCUUAUUGAAUUCAUUUAUUUUUAUCUCUCCUUUUCAUGUGUGUCAAGUGUUACUUUAAACUCUAGGUAUAGAAUGCCUUAGGUAGCCCAUUUCAACAGCACUAUUAGUUUUACAUCUGAGCACCAGAUGUCAGCACUUGACUUGCAUAUUGUAUCCUAUUAAAAUUGACACCCCCAAGAUUUUAAAGCAAAAUGUAUAAUGAUUGUCUAGUCAACUAUGUCCACUCUUAAGUUGCUUUUUAAUCAGAUGCACACGCUGAGUUCAAUGUCUUGUCUAUAUAGUCAUUUAUAUUUUUGGGGGAUUUUUGUGCAAAUAUUAGGAUUACAGGCCACAAAGUUAUUUUAAGUUAUUUAGUACAAAUAAUUUUUUAAAUUAUUUAAAAUAGCAGCAUACAGUGCAAUAGUUCUAUCAUUAGCAUUUUUAAGCAGCAGCUAUCAAAUUUAAGGUAUAAUUACUGUAGCAUAAGUGAUGAGGGCACAAAAGCAUGAAGUCCCUUCCCAGUUACCAAGUAACUUGUUAGCCAUAACACAAUCAGUGCAAUCUUUUUAUUUUUAUUAAAACUUUCACUUUAUGUACAUUAAUGGUGCAAGGGCUGAGCAUUCAAAAGUGUAAUGUCUUAUGUCUUAUAUGUGGACAAAGCUAAAAUAGAGAUUGGAGGCAGCAGAGGUUUGCUCCUCAAGAUAUUACUUACACACACUCAAUAUUUUAUUACAGAUAUGGUGCAUUCCAGAUGAUGACCAGUAUUCUUCUCUUAUUCCAUCUGCAUUAUUUUUAUUUAACAUUAUUUUAUUUUGUCAGCUGAAGCAGAACAAAGUCCUGUUGUCAGCGAUGAAAAGAUUUGAAACUCUGUCUAAAGCUGUGAAUUGUGAGUUUCUUGUAGGAAAUAAGAAAUUGAACAAUUUAAAGAAGUAUUUGUGAUAGUGUUAGUUUAUGUCACUGUGCAAUAUGUACCCAAUGAACUUCAUGAGUAGCCCAUGCUGUUUAUGAAGUCCAUCUUUCAUAGACAUGUAUAAUAUGAUGGAUAGAUCUAGUAUUAAUAUUAUUAUAUAGAAUCUCAGAAUCUCAAUUCCAUUGAAUCUCACUGCAAAUUUUUCCAAAGGUAUUUACAAUUAAAUUUACUAAUUUGUGUCACAUGAAAUGUGAUGCUAUGUGUUUUAAAAUGUAGAGCAGUUUUAAAGCAGAAAGACGGCUGUUAACAUUUUUUUUAGUUUAAUUGUUUUGGAUUUAUAUAUGACUUACAGACAAAGUGAUCCUUAAUGGCUAUACUGUAGCUGUUCUUCAAACAAAGCUCUAUUGAUAUGAUAUUUUGGAAUGUUAGUGUGUGGAGAGCAUUCUACCAUAUGUGCUUAUGGGAUAAACCCCACUGAAUUAUUGGCCAAUACAUUGGCUUUUAAAAGGGCAUAUUGAAAUUUAAGACUGACCAAAGUUAAUUCAAAUUGGAAAACUUUGUAGGAUUGUGGUAUUAUUCGGUUUAGAAUAUGAUUUUUGAAAUGUAUGCUUCAUUGUUUUUUUUUAUUAUCAGAAGUGGGGUUGCAUGCUUUUAAACUGAAAUAUCUAUUAUGAAGACAAGGAACUUCUAUAUAUAUCAAUUUUGAUUAUUAUUUAAAAUGUAUUUUCAAAUAGCAUUUAUGAUAAGUGCAAUCAGAUGUAAACUGCAGGUUCCACUUACAUGGUUUUUUGACUGAUAGGCCAUUCUUUCAGUUUAUUUUGUAUUUCAUAAUUGGCAUAACAUUAAGGCCAAGUGUGUAGUAUGUGAGUUUGUAGAUAUAUAACAGCUGAGCAUUUGCACAAAUAAACUGAUUGCACCUCUGAGCUUUGAUGUCAUUAAAGAGUUCAUUUAAGACAGUGAUAUUGCUUUA